AUUUAGAGGAACUCACCAAAGAACAAGAGAGGGAAAACGUUCAGUCAGCCUUUUGCCAACCGGAUGGCUGGAUGGCACCAGUGAAUCGGCGACGCAAUCGAUACAUUGGUUGCCUAAGCCAAGUGGUGCAUUGAGAGUUUGCGUGCAAUGUGCAGACCCCUCUUGCUUCGCUCGCGCAAGAGCUGACAAGAAAAGGACGGCGUCUACGUGGCAACAUGUGGUGCCACUCUUGCAAGGCAUCAUGAGUCAAGCAUGACCGGAUUUCAUCCAUUUGGUAUGUGACGAGGCAGCUGGCCCAUUGUUCGGGAAGUUAGCUCGUGAAGUUUUGUUCACUUGAUCAGGUGAGAUGUGGAUUUCACCUGUGGCCGAACACGGGCGCUUCCAGUUGAAUGCAUGCAAAUGUGGGAAGAAACGGUUCGCUUGUUUUCCCUACAGGUUUCCGUUGAAACUUUUCGGUCCAUGUCCGUCCAGGGCCAAAAGCCCCACAGGUGUCGUCAUGAAUCUCCACAGAGCUGGUGCCCCAUGGUUUUUGGUGUAGACUGCUGCCAUGUCCAUGCAUCAGCGUCGGCUCAUUGCUAUGAGCAAACUCAUUCGUGAGUUUCCAUUGCACUCUAGUGUUGCACACCGACAGCACACGAGUGCAAGGCCGUUGUUUUUGUCUCGCCUCGCUUUAGAGACCUUGUCGAUACCAGUGGUCCAGUAUGGUCCAGUGGUCCUGCAAUCUCAGAGACGCAGACGGUGUGCCGUAUGUAUUCAGAUCAAUUCAGAUAAAUAUUUACCUUAUUUAACCUUCACGAGGCACAGUAAUUCAAACUGAUUGUGGAACUGGAGCAGUUGAUGCUGAAACCUGAAUACUGUAUAUCGUUUGCGGACCACGUUGGACUGCAGCAAAACGAGGUGCCACAAAUACCAGAAAGCCUGACCCAGCCAAAAAUUAUCAAACAUAUAUAUAAUAACAUCGCGGCAAACAAAGUCAAGGUCCAGAAGGCCUUUGAACCGGCCAGGAGGCAUUGGUGAGGGAUGAUUUUGCUAAACCAAGAUUUCGGGGGGCGCAUUCUGCGGAACAAAGGACCGCCGCCCAGGUGUGUUCACCAGACAUCGACGGUGGAACAACCCAAUGUGCCGUCCAAUGGAGAUGUGUCAAUGAGUGGAAAUGGUGAGCAAGAGAAGAAGAGGGGGAAUGGCACCGAAGUGCCUGCGGCAAAGAUGAAGGAGCCCAAAAGCAAGGCCCUGGUGGCUGAGCAAGAGGUUGAGGUUCAAAAACCCAGGACCACAGUGAAGACAGAGGAUCCAAUGGAGCCAGAUUCAGGGCCGAGUGGAACGCAGCCGGUGGAGAGUCCCGGGUCGGCAGUCAGCCGCCCGAUCUCAACGGUAUGUCAGGUUUCGCAGCCGCAGCAAGUGCUGAGACAGGUGAAACUUUUGCUGACCCCUGUGGGAAAAGAACCAAUAUCACCGAGCGCCUUAAGAAAGUUGCUACGGAGCCCGGAGCCUUGGUACCAGGCAGUGGUUAAGUUGACACACUCACCGCAAGUUUUGCCAGGUGAUGCUACUGAUUUGCAACUCUUUGCGGCUGCAUUGCUUCUUCUCAAGGGCCACAUGUCCAGCAACCUGGCGGAGGCCUCUGCACUGUCUGCCUGUGAGGGAGCUGAGGCGCUGAAGCUCGCGCGCAGUCCUGAAGGCCAUGCGAUGGCUUGGCAGGAGCUACUUGCAGUCCUACCAGAACUGAGCCAAGUAUCUCCAAAGGCUGACUUCGAGGCCUUGUGCAAGAUUUCCGCUGAACAGCUGCUACCACGCUCCCGAGCAGAUCCAGUACGGCGUUUGGGACAGGCCUUGGUUCAGAUAGCCAUGCCCAGUCGCGAUCCUCCGCAGGAACCUCCCAGUCCAAAGUCAGAGGACAUGUCGGUGAAGAACGACAGCAUUCCACUUGGGAACCGCGAUGAUGCGGGCAAGUUGCGUCGCUGGUCGGAGAAGUCAAGCGGCGCCUACCAGGUGCGCCCCAAGGUGUCAAUGGCCCGCUCCAAGGAGCAGAUCGACUUGUCCAAGAUGAUUCGAAAGGAUCCUGCCUGGAAAGUGGCGCAGAAGACCGAAGAGGACGCGUCGGAAUCGGAGAUUGCGGAUGUGGAGGAUCUUUGAGGGGGCCCAUGGAGGCCAAUGAAUUCGUUUGGGCGCUGGCUGAUCACUUACAAGAUUUGCGGGCAUUUCCUGUCAGAUCAGAUGAUGUGCAACAUCCCGAUGCUCAAAACUCUUUGAAAGUGGAAGCGAUCUGUGAGAAUUGACAUGAAAUCGAUUGGAAAUGAUUUGAAUAUUGGAUGUUUGC